AUGAAUGCUCUCACUAGUCUGCCAGAUGGUCUUCUUCGAAAGAAUGUUGCCAAGUAUCUCCGCGUACGAGACUUGCUCCAAUUGUCCCGCUGCAAUAAAGCACUCCGCAGUGUUGUCUUUGCCGAAACUCCGUGGCUGGUCUGUCAAAAACAACCCGACUGUGGUUCCUCCUUGUUGGUGGUUCGUGGAGUGGGUGAUGACUGUCGUGACUGUCAUACACUCUGUUGCCGAAGCUGCAUUGCCUUUUACUGUCCGGAUUGCACGGAUUCCUCGUGUGGCUGUCGACGAGACGAAUUCCCCGACUGUGCCGUGUGCGGGGACGAACUCGUCUUUUGUUCGGAAUGUGCCACGCAUUGCUGUGAAUGCCAAGGAUUGUACUGUCCUCAGUGUCAAGAAGGAAAUGAAUGUGUGGGAUGCUGCAAUUAUUGUGGAGAACGACCCUGCAGCAGUGCCUGCGGUGGUGAAGGCAAUGAUGACAUGUGGUGCCAUGUCUGUCUGAAUUACUUUUGUGCCCAAUGCAAAGAAGAAAAUAAAUUUUAUGAGGGGCUGACAUUUUACGGGCCCUGUGAGGCUUGUCAAGAGUAUACCUGUCACGAAUGCAUCAAGGUGCAGUGCAGUGGUGGGAAUUCUGGUGAGGAUGAGAAUAAUAAGUGCCUCAAUAUGCUCUGCAACAAGUGCUGCCCGGAAGAACGAGAGGACAAGUAUCUUUGCAAAGUACACAACAAUGCUGCUGGCGCACCAGAGGAAGACGACAAGAAACCAGCGGCCAAAAAAGCCAAAGUAGAAGCGCUAUAG